UGUCACUGGGCUGGCCUCUCUGUAAGCCCAUAGUCGGUUUAGCUGUGCAAGCCAGAGAGAAGAGAGCUUCCAACACUUCACCCACUCCAGAAUCCCAGAUCACCACCACCAUCACCAUCAUCAUCAUCAUCAAGCUGUCGAGCUUCAAUCCAGGCCAUCCAUCAACCAACUAACCAACCCUCUUCGCAGUAUCAUCAACAAUGCCCGUCCGGCAUCUCGACGCUUAUCUCUACGAGCGUGGACUGGUUCAUACUGCCCCGAUCACUGCACUAAAGGAUACCCGUCUUGGGAUUGAUGCCCAACAAUGGUUCAAGAACUUGCUGUCCCAUCCAGCUUACAAGGAACCCUUCGUAUCCGUCACCGGUGGCGCACCACUUAAUAUCUAUCAGCACAUGGAGAGGGAGCUACGAUUACUCGAACAACAUCGUAUCAAGCCCGUCUUCGUCUUCCAAGGUCUCCCACCCACCAGAAGAGAUCGCCCGUUCUUCUUCCUACCCAAUGCCACCGACCUACAGGAGAACCCGAUCCUCAAGCUAAGGACCCGUGAUAAGGGCUGGGAGAAGUACGUCUCAGGUGACCUCGAAGGCGCAAAGGCCCUAUUCGAUCAAAGCUCAAGCGUCCAACCAAACGACGUCUUCAACCAAAUCCAUCGACUCUUCAGGACCCGUCAGGUCGAAUAUCUAGUUGCACCCUAUCUCAACUGGGCCCAACUAGUCUACCUGGAACGUCAUCCAAGGAAAUCCUACAUUCACUCUACCUAUGGCUCAACCGAACUCUUCCUAUUCGAUGGUGUCGAUAAGGUCAUCCUCUCUGUCGAUUUCGAUAAGGGGAAUAUCAAGUUUGCCUCCAAGAAGGAGAUCCUCAUCGAAACCGGGCUCAGUCCCGAACAAUUCCUCGACGUCGGCAUCCUAUCCGGAUUCGACCUAUCCCCGAUCUUCCCACCUUUCAUCGAGCGUCAGGAUCAUUCCUUCAAGCAUGCCAUCGAGCUCGUCAGACGAUACCAGACCGGACUAGCUGCCGUGAUGGCCUAUGGAGAACAUCCGAUGGUCGUCAAGACCGGCUACUUCGACCAGUUCUGUCGAUCCAAGUGCAUGAUCAAGUUCUCAUUGGUCACCGUUGCCGAGGAAGGGAAAGUUCUACCCCUACCGAUCGCCUCUCCCACCUCCUCAAACCCGCCCUCGAUCAGCGAUGUUCCCGCCGAUCUUCACGAGGUCUUCUCCUACAAGCUUCCAGAUGAGGUCUACUUCCAACUCUGUCGAGCAAUGGUCAGCCCUACCCUCCUCAACGUCCUCCUCACAGGCCUAUGGGUCGAACAGCCUCCGCUCUGUGGCGGCGAAACCGAAGAUUACUGUUCAUUCGUCAAGGAGUGCUUGACCGAGAACCCUUCAGGUCCGAGAUGUGUCGCCCUGGCCCUUGUACUUUCGCCAUUGCAUCCCUUCUGGCAGAAAAAACCAGUGUCUGCCAUUUAUUACUUCGAUCCUCAUAAUAAUUACACGAUUCCUCAUACCUCAAAUGUCACGAUGAACUUGAUCGAAAAAAUCUCAAAUUGGAAUGUGCCUGCAGGAGUAGUUGAAGAGGAGCUAAAACGGCAAAAUUCAUCGACAAUCGAUAUCUCACUCUGUCUAGGCGCAACAUCCCAAUCACAGCUAGCCGGACGAACUCGGACGCCCCGGUCGACACUAGCGACGAACCACAAGCCAUUGGAGAAGAAGGACGAAGUAGUGGCGAACACGAUCUGGCGCUUCCUCGAGCUACGCGGCUAUCUGCACCCGAACCACCAGCACACGAUCCAGGGCAAGGCGCUCUACAUGGCCCUCAAGGAGGCUAAGGUCAACGACAAACUCCAGGAGUCUUUGCUCCUCGUGAUCGAGAUGUUGAGGAUGGGCUGUCUCCACUCCAAUUGGUUCGGCGGCAGAACUUGGACCGGGACCGCUCAUCUUGGGACUGAAGAUGAUAAACGAAACAUGCUGUUGGUCAUGAGAGUCUUGUCAAUCCUCCCUCUAACGUUCAAGUCGAUGGCAUGGCAAGGCCCAUUAUCGCGAGACCUAUUAACGUUCAACUCAUUUGUGAGAUCGCUGAGCAAGUCGAUGCGACUAUUGGUAGAAUCGAUUGUGUUAUCGAUGGUCCUGCGGAACGACACGCGACGGUCACGGGAGGACGGGAUGGAGGUGAGUCUGUCGCUGCCGUUCCAGGUCGAGCCCAACACGGGGAUGGGGAUCCUCUUCAAGGGAUAUGCCGAUGCGAUCGUCUGCACUAAGACGGAGAUCGAGAACGAGGAGAACGCCGAGGAACUCCUCUUGGAACUUAAAAAUGAUAUCAUCGCUGGCGCGCAGGACGGCUUCCCGAUGGUCAGGGACGUCAGGGCUGAGCUCAAUAGAGGGUUCAGGUUUUGGGACGCCGUCAUGAAAAUCGUCCGAACACUCAAAGAAGAAAAAGUGAUCAACUCUAAUCUAUCUGAUGGAUUCGAAAAAGCUAAUGAUUGGUUAAAACCUUUACGAUUAUAAUCUUCUCUUUCUACCUUUUUUUUGUCCUUCAAAACCAAAAAAUAUCCUUCUUGUUGUAGUAUACUUUUU